AUGGUACUGCCCCCCAAAAUGAGGCCACUGCUGUUGUUCCUGGCUUCCCAGAUGGCCAUCUUCAUUCUAUACAUCCAUUUGUACAGCCACAACUUCAACUCCCUGUCUGCGAGGGAGGGGCCCAAGCCCACGCGUGUGCUGGUCCUGUCUUCCUGGCGCUCUGGCUCGUCUUUUGUGGGGCAGCUUUUCGGGCAGCACCCGGAUGUCUUCUACCUGAUGGAGCCUGCCUGGCACGUCUGGAUGACCUUCACACAAAGCACCUCCAGGAACUUGCAUAUGGCGGUGCGGGAUCUGAUACGGUCCAUCUUUCUGUGUGACAUGAGCGUCUUUGAUGCCUACAUGAAACCUGGUCCCCGAAUACAGUCCAGCCUGUUCCAGUGGGAAACCAGCCGGGCUCUGUGUUCCCCGCCUGCCUGCAACGCCUUCCCACGGGAUACCAUCAUACCGAGUGCUCACUGCAAGACCCUAUGCAGCAAACAGCCCUUUGAGAUGGUGGAGAAGGCCUGCCGCAACUACAGCCACGUGGUGCUCAAGGAGGUGCGCUUCUUCAACCUGCAGGUGCUCUACCCGCUGCUGAGGGACCCUUCCCUCAAUCUGCACAUCGUGCACCUGGUUCGGGACCCCCGGGCGGUGUUCCGUUCCAGAGAACACACCACAAGUGAACUCAUGAUUGACAGCCAAAUUGUGAUGGGACAGGAGCAGCAGAAACUCCAGGAGGACGACAAACCCUACUAUGUGAUGCAGGUUAUCUGUCAAAGCCAGCUGGAGAUCUAUAAGGCUGCUCAGACCUUGCCCAAAGCCCUCAAGCAGCGCUACCUGCUCGUGCGCUAUGAGGACGUGGUCCAGGACCCCCUGGCCCAGACUGCCCGAAUGUAUGAAUAUGCAGGGUUGAAAUUCUUGCCACACCUCCAGGCCUGGGUGCACAACAUCACUCGAGGCAAGGGCACAGGUAGCCACUCCUUCAAAACAGAUUCCAGGGAUGCCCUCAGUAUCUCCCAGGCCUGGCGCCAGUCCUUGCCUUAUGAAAAGGUUUCUCGACUUCAGAAAGUCUGUGGUGAUACCAUGAACUUGCUGGGCUACCGCCUCGUCAGAUCUGAGCAAGAGCAGAGAAACCUGUCGCUGGGUCUUCUGUCUACUUGGACCCCUUGA